AUGGCUCCCAAAGUGCCCAAGUCGGGAGUCUGGUGCCCUGCCGUGACUUUCUUCGACCCGGAAACCGAUAGUCUCGACCUCGCCAGCCAAAAGAAAUAUUACACCUACCUCUCCCAGUCAGGGUUGGCCGGGCUCGUCAUCCUCGGCACAAACGCAGAGGCAUUCCUCUUAACGCGCGAAGAGCGCGCACAACUCAUCGCCGCUGCAAGGGAUGCUGUCGGGCACGACUUCCCCCUCAUGGCGGGGGUGGGCGCGCAUUCGACGCGCCAAGUGCUUGAGCAUAUCCGCGACGCAGCAGAUGCGGGUGCGGAUUACGUUCUAGUUCUCCCGCCCGCCUACUUUGGCAAGGCUACGACAACGUCAGUGAUCCAGUCGUUUUUCACGGAUGUCGCUACGAAGUCGCCGCUGCCAGUCGUCAUAUACAAUUUCCCCGGGGUGUGUAAUGGCAUCGAUCUGGAUUCCGAUCUCAUAACGACGCUCGCGAGAGAGAAUGAGAAUAUAGUCGGUGUGAAACUCACCUGUGCCAGCGUAGGGAAGAUAACGCGGCUGGCCGCAUCCUUGUCGCCGGAUAAGUUUGCGGUGUUUGGUGGGCAGUCCGAUUUCUUGAUCGGAGGGCUCAGUGUAGGAUCUGCGGGGUGCAUUGCCGCGUUUGCGAAUGUGUUUCCCAAGACGAUAUCGAGAAUAUUUGAUUUGUAUAAAGCAGGGGAUGUGCAGGAGGCAUUGCGGCUACAUAGGAUUGCUGCCCUGGCGGAGUCGCCGUGCAAAUCCGGGAUAGCAUCAACCAAAUACGCGGCCGCAAUUUUCUCGGCUAAGAAGGCGGGUAUUCAGGGGGCGGAGGAGAAGUUGAGGCCUAGACGGCCCUACGAGCCGCCGUCUGAAGCAGCGAAGAAGAUUGUCAGGACCGUCAUGGCGGAGGUCGCGGCCAAUGAGGAUGGGUUGUAA